AUGCAGGCUGCUCGCAUUCUUUGUCUUCAAGAGGCUCAGAAAUGCUUCAAGAAUGACUACAAUCUACUGAUGGAGAACAAGCCACUUCAGGGCCGCUCCCAGCUCAUCAAGCUUUCACCGAUCAUUAGCAAGGAUGGCCUUCUUCGAGUUGGUGGACGACUGGACAAUUCACAAUUACCAGCUGAUGUCAAACACCCAAUUUUGCUUCCCAAGUCGCACAGUAUUACAAGGAUGAUUUUGGAACAUGCGUCAGAUCUGCACCCUGGAGUUUCAGCACUUUUUGUCAUUAUCCGCCAAAAAUAUUGGGUCUUUGGCGCACGCAACCUCAUAAGGAAUCUGGUGCACAAUUGCAUCAAAUGUUUUCGCCAACGAAGUCAAACAGCACAACAAUUCAUGGCCGAUCUACCGGGGAUUCGCAUUGCAGAAGCACUUCCCUUCCAGCACUCAUGGUGCGAUUACGCUGCACUAUUUAUUUUCAAGGAAAGAAGAGGGAGAAAUCCACGGAAAACUAAGGGCUACAUAAGUCUGUUUGUCUGCCUCGUUACAUCAGCCAUUCCCUUGGAACUGGCCACCGAUCUCAGCACAGACACCUUCAUAGCAUGUCUUCGUCGUUUCAUGUCCCUGCGUGGGAAAUGUUCUCAAAUCUUUAGCGACAACGGGACGAAUUUUGUUGGUGCCAAGCGGGCUUUAGAUGAAAUGCAGCAACUUUUAUCUUCACAGGAGCAUCGUAAUACAGUAGCGCAAACUUUGGCCACCGAUGGCAUAAAAUGGAAUUUCAUACCUCCACACUCGCCACACUGGGCGGAAAAUGGGAGUCAGCGGUACGUUCUGUGA